AUGGACUUGAAUAAAAUCUGCUUACAUCUUGCUUUGUGGAAAGAACUUCUUGCAGAACCAGGAGUAAUUAAGCAGCAGUCAUCCCUGAGGCCUGGUGAAGAGGGUGAUGCUGACUCAUCAAGGGAGACCAGUAGUGGUGGAAGCAGUGACUGUGAUGAGAGGCGGUCCAAAUCCUCUUCCGAUGGGCUGUGGAACCAGCACAGCCUUGUAAAUCAAAAUGCCCAGCAACUAAAUAGACUAUCAUUGAGGGACAAGUCUGUCACGGGUUCAUCGAGCGAUGAAGCUGAAAUUUCGAAUUCUCUUGGGGUGCUCUUGUUCGAGUAUUUGGAACAGGAGCAACCACAUCAUCGAAGACCAUUGGCUGACAAGAUAGCAGUUCUGGCAUCUCAAUUUCCAGUGCUGAAGAAGUGCAGGAGCUGUGAUUUACUGCCUUCUAGUUGGAUUUCUGUAGCUUGGUAUCCAAUAUAUAGAAUACCCAUGGGUCCCACGUUGCGGGAUCUGGACGCUUCUUUCUUAACCUUUCAUUCUUUGUCCACACAAUCCAGAGCUCUGAGUACAGUUCAGCCACGCUACCAUGGUGCAACUGGCAGGAAAGUUCUUGGCAAUGUAAAUGCGUGCUCAAGAAUUUCGUUACCAGUCUUUGGCCUUGCCACAUACAAACUGAAAGGGUCAAUCUUGAGUCCAUGUGGACCUCAUGAAUCCGAGCAAGAAGAUUCUCUAUUGCAAGCUGCAGACAGUUGGCUUCGACGCUUGCAGGUUAUCCUUCCCGAUUACCAGUUUUUCCGUGUGCACUAUUCUCCAUGGAGAUGA